CCCGCCCGCCACUGGCGCAGCCGUGGCGCCGUCAGCUGCGGCCAGACGGCAACCCAAUCGUUCCGAAUUGAGCCCAGCUGCGCAGGCGGCUUUGGACCGCAUUGAGGCGCGGGGACAGCGGGGCAAGCCCAGCGCCGAGGCUCGGCGUCAGCAAGAGGCAAAUGCACUUCUUGCUGACAUGGGGCUCUCUGCAUCACAGCAAGCGGCGGCUGAGGCAGCUGCUCAGCAAGCCAGCUCGUCGCCCACCCCUCCUACAUCACACCUGGCUGUCCGUGUUGAGUGUCCUCUCACCGGGCAAAUCAUCCGUGAGAUGGAUGUCACGGAACAUCUCACUUUGCAGUUGCUGGAGCUAUACGACAUAUCACCCUUGGACGCGUCGGCCAAGAUGAUUCACUCGUUGUGCCCUGACCCUGCUGUCCGCGAUACUUGCGUGACUACCAUUUGCAAGUACUUGCAAAACGCCAUCGACCAUCCCGGUGACGAAAAGUUUCGCAAGAUUCGCCAAGGGAACAAGGUCUUUCAGGAGCGCGUCGACAGCGUCCUGGGCGGCAAGGACUUCCUUGUGGCGACCGGCUUCCAGGAGACCACUUUAGAGGACGAAAGCUAUCUCGUUUUGCCCGAUGGCGUGGACGAGGCCUUCCUUGAAGCAGCGCAGGCACUGAUUUCUUCCAACCAACGAGUCGAGUUUCCAUUGUAUCGUGACCCGCAAGUCUUGCGAGUGGGAGACGGGGCAUCCAUUGCCUUGCGCACGGAGCUGCCCCCAGACUUUUAUGCCAUCACCCUCGAGGAUGUCAAACUGCAACACAAGCUCAACGCUGCCAAGAUGGACGAAAUGCUUUCUCUCCGAACAAAGGCUAUGCGUGAAGCACAGGCGGAUAAACGCAAGCGAAUUUAUCGAUUCUGCCUGCUGCGUGUGCGCAUCAAUGCCGAUUAUGUGCUGCAAGGCACCUUCCGUGUCACAGAUACACUGCAAGCCUUGUAUCAAUUCGUGAGUGAGGCCUUGGCCGAUGAGACCGUCGAAUUUGAGCUUCAGACGCAGCACAACCGCCAGCGCCUGCCUCGUGACAGUACAACCAUGCGCAAGGCCGAUCUGGUACCUACUGCCAGCAUGGCUCUGAUCGCGCCAACCCCUGUUGAUCUCAAAGACACCUUCAAAGCCAUGGCCCAGCGCGUCAACUAGCGGUCUGGCUGUGCGACUGCGAUUGAAAACAACGCUGGUUUGAUGUGCCUCGCAUGCCUUGAUGCGACACUGCGCUGACAUUGUGAUUUGCAUAAAUUGACCUGUUCAUUAUAAAAAAAAA